CGGAAAGUUUUGGAGUUACAUUAUUGACAUACCAUUUACAAGGAGGUUAAAUGUAACUUAAAAACAUUUCGUACAAACUCUCAUAAGCCUUAUAUGAAAAUAUACAGGGUCUUCCUUUUGAACAUUUUGAGAAGUCGUUCAUUUUCCGUUCUUGACCAACGAAAAAAAUUUAAAAAGGAAUUAGAUAGGCUGGACAUAAGGGAUCAUAAAGCUUAUCUGACGUUUUUUUGUAGAUUGUCCAAUUUAAAAAUAUUAUACCAAAUUGCAUUGUUUGGUAGCGCCUAUCCGAAUCAGCAAUAAAAUGUGGUUCUUUCUUUUAAAAACCAUGCAUGUUAGCACACCACGUAAUUAUGAAUCACCCUGCGUAAUUAAAAAUAUUUUCCAAGUCUACACACUGCUG